GGUUCAAGUGUUGCCUGGAUACAAGGCAACAAAUGCGGACCCUGACUCGGUUGUGUGUGUGUAAACCUGGAGAGAUUUAACCCGAGUUAACAGGGGAAAGUUUCAAUGUUUGGUAGCGUUUGUUUCUUCAAUAACACAAUAUAUAACGUUAUAUCGAAUGACAUCGGUGGUUCAGUACGGCCGACGGAGAGGCUCCAGUAAGAGAGUGUCUUCAGCUGAGGAACCCAGCAGGAUGAUGCAGCCGCCGGACCUCCGACAGGUCACUGUCCUAACCAAGGCUGAAUGGCUGAGGAUCCAAGAUGAACUGAACCGGGUUAAUAAAGACAAACAAAGUAUGAGAGAGGCAGCGAAACAGAGAGAGGCCCUGCACUUGAAAUCAGAAGAGGUUGUGAAACUGUGGUCCAAUACCAUCGCUGGUCAAAGGCAAAAAAAGCUGGAGGCAAAGAAGAUUCGAGAGGAGAUUGAGGAGGAGAAGAAGAAAUUAACUGAUAAAGAAGAGGCCGAAUAUCAGGAGCAGAAGCGUAAAGAGGCCAUUGAGAAGGCCAAGACUCAGCUGUAUUAUCAGACUGACCGUGUCAAAGGAUUACAUCGUGCGCUCUUGCUGACGGAGGUGCUGAAGGAGAGAGAGGCUCAGAUUGAGCUGAAGCAACGAAUCAAGAGUGCCUCCAAAGAUGUGGACAAAGACUUCUUGGACAUGGUGAAGACCAGAGAGGAUGAGGCCCUGAAACAGGAGCAGGAGAAAGCGCUUCAGAAAAAGCUCCAAAGACGAGUGGUUGUGGAGGACCUGAAAAACCAGAUAAAGGAACAUGAGACGGCAAGAGAGCGACAGGUGAUAGAGAACAAGAAGGACGGAGAGGAAACCCAACAUCUUAAAGAACUCUAUCAGUGGGAGCAGAGAAUGGAGGAAGAGAGACAAGCUAAGCAGAAGAGAGACCUAAUGCAAGCUCACCUGGAGCAUCUCACCAAUAGGGACCUCAUAAGGGCAGUGGAUGCACAGAGACAGGAGGCCGAAGAGGAGCAAAGGAAACUUUUUCUCUCCGCAAAGCAAAAAAUGAUGAAGUUACGGAAAGACAGAGAGAAAGAACUGUUCAGAGAGGCCCAGAUGUGCAGAGAGAAGAUCACGAACAAACUGACAGUCACACAGCAGGAGCAAACCGUCAGCGAGGAGCAGAGGAUUGCAAAGGCUGUCGCCGAGCAGGACGCCAAAGAGGCACAGCAUCGGUGGCAGGAGGGGAAGAAGAGGGCAGCGAUGCUCAAGUCGAUCAAUGCACACAGAGAAUUCAUGAGACAAGAAAAGGAGCAGAGGGACAAAAUGGCAAAACAGAACGCCCGAGAGACACUUCUGGCCAAGAAAGAGGCUGACAGAAUAUUUACUGAGAAACAACAACUGAAGACUCGGAAGAUGAAAGAAGAUGAACGGAAACUACAAGACUUCAAUGCCACACAAAUGGCUGAGAAAAGCACCAAGCACCAGCAGCUGAGGAGAGACGAUCUCGAGUUUGAAGAGAAAAACUCAGAACUCAUUGCCGAGGAGGAAAAUGAAUUUCAGCAGUAUUCACAGCACGUCAUAAAAGCAGCGGCGGAGGCUCAGCGAAAUGUGUUUCCACUUUGUAAAGCAGCGAGGGAAGGGGUCGGCGGAGGGUUCGGUCCCGUGUUCAAUGGAGUCAGGGCUAGCUACCUUGUUCAGGACCGCACUGGCGCUCAGAUGCCCAAAUAUGUCUCUGGCACCACCCAGAACAUUAAAAAGCUCAAUGAGGCUGAAGAUAUUGAAGAAGCAAAGAGGAGACUUGGAUUUACGUGGUGAUAGGGUGACAGGUCACUCCCAGCUGGCAAAUUUAGCUGUUCCCCAGAAACUGACCA